CAGCCCCUUUUCGACCAAAACAUCCGACUGUUCCUCUCCGACCGUCAACAACAACUCUUCAGCCUUCCAAGAACAACAAGAAGGUGUAGCAGAUCGUCUUUUCCACUGCUUUUACAGAACACCCGGUUUACAACGGGUACCCACGGUCACCUGUCCAGCCCACGGGCCGUAUCCAUGCCGUACAGACCACAGCAGGCUCCGAGGACGCAAUGGAUGUGCACGACCUGUUUGCGAGCUGCAAAAAGGGCGACAUUUGCAGAGUCAGAUAUUUGGUCGAACACAGAGACGUGGAUCUUAAUGUAAGAGAUAACUGGGACAGCACCCCACUAUAUUAUGCUUGUCUCUGUGGCCAUGAAGAGCUAGUCCAGUACUUGCUGGCUAGUGGUGCUAAGUGUGAAGCCAACACUUUUGAAGGAGAGCGAUGCCUAUAUGGGUCACUGAGUGAUCAGAUCCGACGUUUGUUAAAAGAAUACAACUGCAUCAACACAUGCCCAAUGCAGCAGCAGGAUGCCUUUAACCACUUUCUCUACACUUUGCUGGAACAAGGACACUACAGUGAUGUGAAUUUUUUGGUUCAUGGACAAACUUUUCCAGCCCACCGUUGUGUCCUCAGCACUCGGUCUGAGUAUUUCUCUGAAAUGUUUAACUCAAAAUGGAAAGGAAAAACUCUCAUAACAUUAAAACACCCUUUGAUUAAUCCAUCAGCUUUUGCUGCCAUCUUGCAGUAUAUUUAUACUGGACGUAUGGAUAUUGAUAUAAGCUUCCUGGAGGACUGCACACGACUGGCCAAACAGUGUAAAAUGUCAGUUCUGAUUGAAGAGCUAGAGAAUAAGUGCAAACAGGUUUAUAAUUUUGUGUCCAACAAACCCGGCAUUUGUGUGAAGGUUUUGAGCCUGGAGCCACAAAACUGCAGACUGCAGGACGAGCUGGCCCAGUUAGCAGACUGUGCACUUCCAGCUGAGCUACAGAUUGGAUUUGGAGAGCUUCCCUUCCAGAAAAGUACAAAUCUUUCAACAUAUCCUGACAUAUGCUUUGCAGUUGAUGGUUACAACUUUUUGUGUCAUAAGGCGUUUUUCUGUGGACGCAGUGACUACUUCAGGGCCUUAAUUAAAGACCACUUCUGUGAAGGCAGUCAGCUGCAGUCUCAGCCCGAUACUCCAGUCAUCACUCUCCACAAUAUAUCUCACCAAAUUUUCAUCCACAUCAUGUUUUACAUCUACAGCGAUGACACAGAGCUCAUGAUGGACAAUGUGUUUGACGUGCUGUGUGUGGCUGACAUGUAUCUGCUGCCGGGCCUGAAGCGUCUCUGUGGAAAGACUCUGGGCCAGGCUCUGAGCAGGGACAAUGUCAUCUGUUUGUGGAAAACCGCUCGGCUGUUUCACCUCUCGCGACUUGAAGAUCAGUGCACCGAGUACAUGGCCAAGAUCAUCGAGCAGUAUUUCAUAUAUCUUUUCCAGCUGGUAGUCGAUGCUGAGUUUGCUGAGCUCAUCACAGAGGAUGCAGCGAGUGUAAAAGGACGACACGAGACUGAUUCUGUUCCUCUAGUGGACGACAUCCGCUAUCACAUCUCUAGUAAUGUGCAGACGUACAGUGCAAUUGAGGAGGCCAGUCAGAAGCACGCAGCCCUAGAGCAGCUUUUGUGCGACCUUAACAUUGAAUGUUAAAUACUUGAAACAAGGUAAACAAUGUAAAAAAAAAUAAUAUAAUCGUUUAUAUUAUAUUUCAAAGUUGUUUUUUUUGUAGAUUUUGCCUGCAAAUUGUGAUAAAAGAUUGUGUGACUUUAUUCAUUUGCAGACCUCAGAUAUACUUUCUCAUGAAUUUAUAAACAUACAGUAAAUAUUUGAAUCUUUUGUCAAAUUAUACUAAAUUUUUUUUUUUUUUUCAUUUUACCUUUAUCAAAAAACUUCAAAUCAAUGUGAAAGGCUUUUUAAAUUUGCAAUAUGACCAGGAUACAAAGUCACCACAAUAUAACAUACAAUACAUGUACAUUUAUAUGAUGAAAUAGGCCUAAGAGUAUGUUCAGAAAAUAGCUUUUAUUUUAUUAUGAGCCAAUGAGGGGUGUGUGUCUAUACAAUAUUUCAAUGUCAGUGUUAACAGCAUGACACCUGUUACCAAAAUGUCUUCCAUUUUAUUUUGUCUUGUCAAAUGGAUAAUAAACUAUCUAUUGUAAGAAAUAAAGCAUGCUGUAUUUAUGAGAA